AUGGCUGUCAAUGGAGACGCUACCAGAGGGCCAAGUCACAGCCUGGGGAGAGCUGCUGCAGCAGGAGGGCGCUCGUGUCUGACUUGCAUGCAGGGGCGACUGUCUGCGGGCGCCAGGCGGGAAAUGGAGCAAUUCGACUGCUUGUUAGUGGAGUGUGGCAGCGUGGUAGUCCUGGUCCUGACCUUCCUUCUCUCCUCUCUGUUCCUCUACUUCUGGAGCCAGGCUCACAACGAUUACAAUGACUUUGACUGGUUUAAUUUUGAGACUCUGGGAUUCUGGUUCCCCUGGUCUCUGGUGCUGCUGGUUGUUGCUGCUGCUCUGUUCACCUACAUCUCUCUGCUGUUGGUACUAGCAUUGUGUUUACUGUCUGAGGGACAGAGGCUGUACCUUCACUGGAGUCACAAGAUGGGGAUCGUGGUGACCAUGGCUUUCUCUGUCAGUGCCACGGCCGUUCUCUCUGAGGUGUGGAGUAAAGAGUGGAAGACCCUUCUCCUCUCCCUGCAGGUCACAGCCCCCUUUCUUCAGGUAGGCGGGGUUUUAUUGAUGACUCUCCUGUCCUGGCCAAUUGCGCUGCACUUUUUUCGUAUGAACAAGAGAGUGCAUCAGGUGUGUCUGUUGGGUGUGUACAUGAGUGUAUUGUUCAGUCUGUACCUGGUUCCUCUGGCCAUGUAUUCUCCCUGCAUCAGAGAAGCUGGAACCCUGGGGCCAAAACCAACACUCCUCGGACACAGAGGAGCUCCCAUGCUUGCCCCAGAGAAUACUCUAAUGUCUUUUGAGAGCGCAGUGGAGGCUGGAGUGGACGGGUUUGAGACUGACGUCACUAUAAGUGCUGAUGGCGUUCCGUUUGUGAUGCAUGACCUCACCCUGCAGAGGACCACUAACGUAGAGGAGGUGUUUCCUAACAGAACACACACACCUGCUGCCCUGUUCACCUGGUCUGAUGUACAGCAGCUCAACGCCGGGGCCUGGUUCCUCUCUUGGGAUCCGUUUGGCACGGUGUCCUCUCUGUCACCAAAGCAGCGAGCGCUAGCUGCCAAUCAGACGGUUCCCUCCCUGGAUGAAGUUCUGGAUGUAGCGAAUCGGACGGGCAGGAUAGUGCUGUUUGACCUGAGACAACCUCCUCCUGGACACCCUUACAGAGACAACUACCUCAACAUCACCCUGGACCUCAUACACACACACAUCAACUCCAGCCAGGCACGUGUGCUGUGGCUGCCAUCAGAUCAGAGAGAGGAGAUACAGCAGGUGGAUCCAGAGCUGCAACAGACAGCAGGACAGACUGCCUCUAUUCAGGAACUACAGGACAACCACAUCACUACCCUCAACCUGCACUACAGCACCAUGUCUCUACAACACGUCAGUAAGUACAGGUCGGUGAACAUCAGUGUGAACCUGUAUGUAGUGAACCAGCCGUGGCUCUACUCUCUGGCCUGGUGCAGUGGAGCAUCCUCUGUUACCACCAACAACAUGCUGCUGAGAGAUAUACACACACCGCUGCUCCUUGUGACUCCAGAGCAGUAUAGUGUGAUAUGGGUUCUGAUUGACCUGGUCUCUGCUGCUCUUAUCGUCUGUGUCUUCAUAUUCCACUGGUGGCGUGAGCGAGGCCUACACUUCUGGUCAGGCAGUCGACAGACACACGAGACCGGGCCUUAUAGCAAGUUCAGGACCGAGCUCAGCGACGUCUGGUCCAUAUCCAGUGGGAAUGUCCGAACGGAACUACGGACCCCCAGUACCCUCCACACCAUCACAGAGGAGUAA